AUGAUCAGAUUACAAAAACAGUUACCACAACAAAUCACUGAAACACCUCAUCCUGAAGAACAAGAAAAACAACAACAAGAACAACAAACGCUACAGCCAUCAGAACAAGAGCAAUUGCGACGUAAAUCUACUUUGCCACAAUUAGAAACUAUCGAAACAUGUGGCUGUCGUAGUCUGCCCGGAAAACCAAAAGUUGAAGCUAUUGCAACACUUCCCAAUAGCAGUUCUCGUAACACAAAUUCAUGCACUACUUUGAAUGAUUUGCCCGGCAUAUGUACAGAUACUCUACAAUGUUCCACGCAAUCGCAGAUAGAAACUCAAAAUCAAUGUAGAGAAAGCGAUAAUUCUAUAUUAAUUUGCUGUCCUUUCAAUUAUGAAAUUCAUUAUAAUACGACAAUUUCUCUGCAAAAAUCGGACAACAUAUAUUUAUUGCCCAAUACACAUGAAUGUGGGGUUACUCCAGACAAUUACGGAAAUGAUAUAAAUGUGGAAUUUCCUUGGGCGGCUUUAAUAGAAUACACAAAUGGCAACCACAAAACCAGUCAUCACUGUGGAGCCACCUUGAUUAAUAACCGCUAUGUGCUAACUGCUGCUCAAUGUGUUGCAGUUCAUGCAGAUUGGCGUAUCUCUGGCAUACGUUUAGGCGAAUGGGAUCUCUCCACUAAUCCCGACUGUAUGAUGACGCUAACGGGUAAAAAAAAGUGUGCCGAUCCCUAUUUAAAUGUCGGCAUAGAAGAAAUCAUUGUUCAUUCUAAUUAUAGUGCGGCUAAAUAUCGUAAUGAUAUCGCUUUAAUACGACUUGAUCGCUAUAUCAAAUUCACCGAUUACAUCAGUCCCGUAUGUCUGCCCAUUCAGUCCAAAAUGCGUGUUAGAAUAUUUAAAAAUAUUAUAAUGCAAGUCGUUGGUUGGGAUAAUUCAAAAACCAGUGAUGAAGUUAAUAUAAAACAGGUAGCUAAUUUACCUGGUUGGAGCUUUUCGAGAUGUCGUCGAACGUAUGCCGCCAAAGGAAUAUAUUUGCGCUUGAAACAAAUGUGUGCCGGGGGUGAAAAAGGUGUCGGUAUUUGUGAUGGUGAUUCUGGUGGAUCAUUGGUUGUGAAAGAUAAAUUAGAUAAUCGUUAUGUUUACGUUUUAUCUGGUGUAACAUCGUUUAUUCAAAAACCCUGUGGCUUAGAUGGUUGGCCAGGGCUUUUUACAAAGGUGGGACCUUAUAUGGAUUGGAUUUUAGAAAAUAUAAGAUCUUAGUAUUUAUAAUUUGAUUUUGAAUAUACAACAAUUAUUGUAGUAAGAUAUUUUGUUUCAAUUUAAGUAUAUUAAGGUUAGACAAGAUGACGAAGUGCUUUACUGGCUCC